AUGUCUUCAUUCUUCCAAAGUCUGAGCGCGGCUUUUGCCUCCUUCAACUCCUCGCCGCGUCGUCCCCGAAGUGACGAUCCUCAACGGCCGCUAGACCAACACCGCCGCAGUUCGCUCUCCCAGCAGCGCGCCCAUUCUCCCUCCCCACGCCGUCGUGCCCCGCCAUCACCGACUGCUGGAUCGUGCCGGCGUAUAAAGCGAGCGAAGAACGAGUUCUCUUUGGGCUUGGACGAGGACGACGAGCACCGGUUUGAUCUCAGUUUCGAUUCACCGCGCGAUAUCGCUGCUCCGCAGUGCCUGGUAGAUAUGCCUUCGCAAUACCGCCCCGCCAGCAGACCGUCGCUGAUAAACCCUGCGCACAGGCUGGGCGACCAUUCGCAGAUGUUGAACAAGGAUGAGGAAGAUGAGGCUCGCCUGUUUGGUGGCGCGACUUACCGGUAUGAGCCCGGAGCCCUGAGCUCUCGUCGACCUGGGCCCAAAGGUGCACUCGAAAUCAAACCUGGAUCUAUUCGGGCAAUGAGGAAAAAACCGGGUGCUUCCGCGGCGUUUCAGCCCACCGACAGGAUAUCUCAUGCGCGUGAGAGUGGACCAGUCCGCUCAUCAGGGAAGCCCAAGAAUGAUGAUGCGUCCGUCAACAGGAAUUAUCGGCAAUUGGAGGAUCAUGAAUUCCAGGACUCGGGCCGGCCUAACAAGCGGCGACGCCAAGAGGGCCAAAGACCAACUGACCUUACGCACAACGAUGCAGCUGGUUCAGUGACAUCUGAGGUCUCGGCUUCUGGACAUCGGUCGUCCCGACUUUCCCCAGGCUCAAACCUUUCCACAUCAAACAUCAGAAGCAGGGGCCGUCCUCCCUUCGUUUCCGAAUAUCGGGGCGUGGAAGCCAUCCUCGAACGGACACCCCACCCUCACGCGAGACAUCGUUUGCCAUCGAAUGCUAGCUCUGUGGACGAAAUUUUUACCUGGGAAGCUGCUGCUCAGCGGCGCUCCUCUGGCUCUGCUGUCGGCUACGGUGACAGACAUCACAAGCAAACCUCUCUUAACUCGCCCAAGUCAAAACGCGCUCCACUAGGGACUAUCGAGAUACUUGAUCCCGCAGAGAAGCAUCCUGAGGAUAUUCACCCCCACACUGAGAGAAAGCCCUUGACUCCGUCAAAAAAACGGCUGGUUGCUUCUGACUCUGGCGAUAGCCCGGAUGAACUGCAAGGUGAGGUGACGACUCGCCCGCCUCCGAAGCAUCUUGCAGAGAAACAUAUCCAGAAACCCCGCCAAAGACCAGAAGAGCCCAUUGUUCUGUCUCCUUCACGGAAACGUUCGCCGUCUGACAUUGAGCCCACACCGUUCUUGCCAUCUCGCAAGAAGAAAAUGGUCAAGCGCGGGCAGCAGGACCCGGAAUUUCGCGCUCUUUCCAUUCAGUCUAUUCGUUUUGGCCCUAUUCAUAACUCUGUUGAGGAAGGAGAAGCAGUCAUCUAUAUGUGCCCUGAUAAGAUCAUGCUUGGGAAAGACAUCACCAGUGACAGGCAAGAAGAGGUCCUUUUCCGUCAUGUGAGCGCCACUCUUCAGGCAGACAACAGCAGGAAAGUGCGUUUGCAGUUGAAUCAUUACCAAGGAGCCCCAGGUUCCAAUGUCGACAUUCAGUUCUCCCUGAGGAGCAACAAAGACGCGUUCGUGGAUCAAAUGAGGGAAGGCGGUGGCAAAGUCCAUGAUAAAGAGCCGAAAUGGCUGGACGACGCUUUCUCUAGAUAUGAUCAUGAAAUGCGUCAGCGUCUCAACCCCGUCAGGUCCCCUUUACAGGAAAUUACCGAACCCGAGCCAGCACCGCCGACGUCCACCCCUGUCCAACACACUACUAAAGGCAAAAAGCUUUCUUCAUUGUUGGAAGGCUCUGCCAGCGAGUCUGAUAGACAACUCCAGGAUCGAAACAAGGUUGAACAUCAAGAGGGUUCCAAGUCCACGAGUACCGUCGAACCGGGGCAAGGGACAAAGGAAACGCCGAAAGCAAUGGAAGUGGGAGUCGAAAUUCCAGUGAAAAGGUUCAAUCCGAAAGAUUCUGGCGAACCCGAGACGCGACGGUCAACAAGAAACACGACGCGAUGGAAAGAAAGACUGGAUGACGACGCCCCUCCUGCGAACAAAUCCGACCCCGCCCUGGCAAACGACCCAUUCCGAAAGAACUGGAAAACCCCCUUGGUUUACCCCAAGAUCGGCAAGAAGAAAGAGGAAGUCAACGUCGAUGACCGUGAUCGACUCCGCGAGAAUGAGUUCCUGAAUGACAACCUGAUCGCCUUUUACAUACGCUUCUUGCAAGAUCACCUCGAACGUACCAACCCGGACGUCGCGAAACGGGUCUACUUUUUCAACACUUACUUCUUCGCGACGCUUACGAAUAAGGGCUCUCGAGUGAUCAAUUAUGAAGGGGUUAAAAAGUGGACGAGGUACACUGAUCUCUUCAGCUACGAUUAUAUCGUCGUUCCUAUCAAUCAGAAUGCGCAUUGGUACGUUGCUAUCAUUUGUAACCUACCUAGUCUGGCGCUGGGUCCUGCAAAGAGCUCGGAGGCUUCCUCUGCACCGGCCAGUGACAAGGAGUCUCCUCGUCAACCAGCAAAGGAAGUGCAAGAGAUUCCCGAGUCCCCCGAACCUGAACCAGUCACUUCCUCAGCCAGAAUUUCCGACGAAGAGUCAGUGAAGGAACAAAAACCGGCAUCCGUGUCUCCACCGUCGGAACAGGCUCGGCAGUCUUUUGCAUCUAUGACUCUUGUAGAAAAGAAGAACGCGCCGGCCAAGGCAGAGCAUCGGGAGAGACUCUCUUCAACGGCCAAAGAAGUAGCGGGUCAUGAAGAAGCUGAUGUCUCGCUUGCCGCCAGCCAGGGCCCCGUGAAACAGCCUGGCAAGGCCAAGGCAAAGUCUCAGAAGAAGAAAGGUGGACUUAAGUUGGACCCUGGCCAGACAGCCAUUAUCACUUUUGACUCGCUCGAUGCCAACCGUUCACCCACGGUAAGGCUCCUACGCGAGUACAUCUGCAAAGAGGCGGCAGAAAAGCGAAAUGUGAAGAUCAGCAAUCCCUUAUCGGAGAUUAAGGGCAUGCGUGCGCAGAAUAUUCCUUUACAGCCCAACUACUCGGACUGCGGGCUGUAUCUACUGGCAUACAUGGAGAACUUUGUGCGCAGCCCUGAUGUGUUUAUCACCAAGGUUCUUCAAAGAGAGAUGAAUGUGGAGGUGGACUGGCCCCCGCUCGGGUCUGGGCUUCUUCGAUUACGCAUGCGGGAUUUCCUUGAUCAGUUGUAUCAGGAACAGGCGAGUGAUCAAAAGGAAGGGUUCAUGGUGGAUCGGCAGCCUAUCUCGUUCUUGCUGGGACCGCCGAGGCUGUUUCAGGAGAACGUCGAGGAAGAGUCGAAGAAGACUGAGAAGGCUGAACCCAUUUCAUCCUCGAGGGUUGAGCAGGAUGCUGGAGAAGGACGAGAGGACGAGCAGCCUUUACACGCAACAGACGAUGCAAGCGAUAUCGAGGCUACAGACAUGCCUGUCCUGGUGCCCACGACUGCAGAGUCCGCCCAAAAACCCAUUAAGCGGACGCUCAAGCCAACUUCACCCGAACCUGCCCAAUUUCGUUCUCCGCUCUGUGAGCGAGAAGUCCAGGAGAUUCCUGACAGCCAGGAGAUCGCUGCUCCUCCCGUCCCAGAACCCAAGGCCGGCCGAGCGGAGAAAAAGAAGUUAAGGCAGGCUAGAUUGGAACUGGCAAGCAGCAAACGCGAGCUCCAGAGGCUCACCACCCCUGACAACACUGGUGCGCAAAGCCAUCUAGAACCAUCGACCCGGUUACCCAGAGUUGAGAUCCAAAUUCAACCACCAACAGUCCAAGUCCCGGAAACACCACCACGAAAAGAACCGAAGCGUGUACGGCAAAGCCCGCGAGGCUUGGCUCGAAAGGAUUGA